ACCGGGAGAGGUUGUUGGUGGAGGUUGAUGUAGCAGCGAGCGUGUGUGUGUGUUUGUGUGGCGCGGCAGGUGUGAGGAGGAGAGGAGGACCUUGGUGGUGGUCCCCGGCGGCCCACGACCCUCGCCCGCGUCAUGGAGGAAGCCAGGUCACUGCUCUCAGACACACUGGAGGCCCCCAAGCCCCACUUCCCGCUGCGACUGGAGGAGUCCCCAGUCCCACAGCUCUUCCCCGACAGAGUAAAGUCGCCCCUCACGCUGGCCAUGGAUGGGACUCCUUCUCACCUUAACUCCGUCGCUGAAACUUUUAAGUCUCACUUCCCUCACUGCCCUGACGGCUCCAAGUCACUCUUGCUGCAGGGGCUGGAGGGCACCAUGGCCCUAUUGGCCGCCAGGGGCGUGGAGGGUACCAAAGCCAUGUACCCGCUGGGCAUGGACAAUCUCCGCCCCUUCCUUCCCUACGGCGGAGAGGGCGUCAACUACUUGCAGGAGAGGCUGGAUAAGUGUCAUAAGUCAUCUCGCGACAGGAAGGACUCGAGCAGAGCGGGCGCGGCCACGCCUGAGGGCGGGGACACAAAGAGGGUCGGGGAGCGUCCCAGGGAACACAAGAGCCACAAGAAGACCCCCAGCCCUAAGUCCCAGCUGUCCAACCCCCGCCAUGACGCCCACCUCGUCCACGCCAUCAGAGAGCUACAUGAGGAGGAGUUUGGCCUGGAUGCUGUGUUGCUGGCUGAGGGUGGUCACGUGGGCGCCCACUGUGCUGUCCUGGCUGCUGCCUCACCCUUCCUCAAGUCCCUCCUCCUUCACGCCAAUGAUCACCCCGCCAUCAUCUCCGUCACAGGUACAUCAUUGUCAACACUACAAGCACUGGUGGCGUGCUUGUACACAGGCAACAUUCCAGCUGGUGCAAGUGUGUAUCACUUGGCAGAGGCUGCAAAACUUCUCAAAAUGGAUGAACUGAGUGCCGUCCUACAGAAAACUUGUAUUGCUCAAGGUGGUGGUUCACUGUUGGAGCUGUCCCGACCCCAAUCAGCUUCACGGUCCACUAUCUAUGGCUCCCAGGGCCUGGCGCUGCCCUUGGAGCCACGUUUCGAGAGGUCGGGGAAGAGGAUCCGCAGCAACCGCUUAGACCAGAUUCUCUACCAGAAACUUAAUGUAAACCAUCUAGCGCCAGCUGAUAUUCCUGACCCCUGCCUAGUGCCUCCCCCAGAGUCCUCUCGAGUGCCUCUCUUAGAAUCCCUUAGAGUGCCUCCCCCAGACCCUCGUGGUGGAAUCUUAGGUGAGCUGCUGACUAAAGCUGACCCUCUUAGGACAGUGUUUUCCAGUGGCUACUCCAUUGCAGACUUGGGAUUUGAUUCUUCCUACUCUCACCUCAAGCCCCUCAACCUUUCCAAGCCCAGCAAGAGUCAUUCAUCUUCCACCCCAGAUAUGUCUUCUCACACCUCUUCUUAUACAUCUUCCACAAACUCCUCGACUUCCACCACAUCAUCUUGCAACAUACCAGCCUCCAGUCUGGCUUCCAAUCUGGCUUCCAGUCUGGCCUCUCAGACCGACUUGAACCUGAGUGGUCAUACGUCUUUAGCUCCUACGAUGCCAGGUGGUAUGACUGGUCUUCUGUCUCCACUGACGCCCUCCAAUUUGAUGUCGCCAUCUACUCUUGCCACUUUUACAUCAUCAUCUGCAUUAGCUUCUCUUGGGGCUCAACAUUCUUUAGCUUCCACCACUCCCUCCAAAAGCAAAAGUUCUAGUAAUGGUGGAAGCAGCAGAAGUCGUAGCAGCAACAAGUUUGGCAGCAGUGGGAGAAGUGGUAAUGGGAGUCGGCACAGUAGCAACAGCAACAACAGAAAUUCUAGUCAACAUAGCUUACCGUUGUUGUACACACUGAAGAGUGGUAUGAUGACCCCUGAAGUAGCCAAGGAAGUAUAUGAACAAUUAAAACUCAAUCCCCAGUUGGCAUCCCUCCCAGGAUUUGACAGUUUACACAAUCUAUCCAGUUUAAGCAGUUCUGCCAGUCUUCAGAGCCUUGCUAAUCUCCAUAACUUAUCGAGCCUGCAGAGUUUCCCAACACUGUUUCCGUUUCUAGCUCCCACUUCACCAGAGAGCCCGUUACUUGGGAACACAGGUGUUAAGGAUCUGCACAUGUCACCGGGCGCCCCCUCAAGUGACCCUAGUCUUACAACCACAGCAUCAUGCAUCGAGGCAGCAAAUGACGGGAACCCAAGUAUAGUAACUUGCGAGGAUCAGGUCGCUCUUAACCUGAGCAGCAAUGCAUUAACAACCCAAAGUGAGUCUCCCAAACCUACAAUACAAGAGGAAUCGUCUGGUUCUGCUCUUACCCCCAAUAACAGUGUAAAGUUUACCUCUAGUGAAUCAGGCAUAGUGGUGGAGGAAACUGAUGAAGUGACACAAAUGGUCCAGCCACCUUCCGCUAGUGAAAUGUCAACUAAUUUCCCUCCCUUAAUCUCACAAAACUCACCUGAGAGUGCAAUUGACAUAAGUCAAAAUGAAAACAUCUGCAAUAACCUCCCUAAUGGUAGCACAGCAUCCUCUAUGAGUCAUGCAAGCAGCAAUACCAUCAUCAGUAACAGCAUGGACAGCAGCAGCCUUCCUCUCUUACUCAUGGGCUCUGGAGCGAGCUUGGCAGGGAUGGCGCAGCAACAAGCAGAUCUGGCAGCAGUUGCAGAUUUGUCUUUAGAUUCUCACUGUGCAGCUCUACAGGAUCACAGCAUGGUGUCCCCAGACAUAACAGACAGUGCAGAAGACAAUGGCAUUGAGGUUAUCGAGGAGAUCCCCGGAGUGAACCGAAGUCAACUUCAUGCCCGUAAAACUCUUUACCAUGCCGGACACAUGGGACGGAAAAGGAAAGGAUGUGGAGAGUGUGAGGGUUGUCAGGUGGUCGAGGACUGUGGCCAGUGUAGGUUUUGUCGUGAUAAAGCCAAAUUUGGAGGACCCAACCGACUGAAGCAGGUGUGUGUGUACAAACGCUGUGUCCUUGCUGAGCUGGAGCCAGAAGACUCCAAGAAGAGGCGGAAGACAAGUGGGAAGAAAGGUCGUGGUAAGUGUGGAGGCUGUGAUGGCUGUCAGCGCACCAGUGACUGUAAUGAGUGCUAUGCCUGUCUCCACAAUGCAGCCGCCCAGCCUCCAGCACGCAGGAAGGUGUGUGAGAUGAGGGUGUGUGAGCAACAGCAAAUGGAGGAAGUGCGAGCUGCCCUCAGUGUUGCCGGGGAACCAUCGCCGUACUCGACUGACUCACUCAUGGCAGAGAGUAUGGGCAUCAGCUCUGGAGCAUCCAGUCCCACGCCAGAUGGCCAGCCUAGUACACACAAUGAUAAAAUGAAGUUGAUGAGAAAAAUGCUUAAGAAAAAAUUUGCCCAGCCUUACAGCCGGGUAAGCCCCUCCAAGGUACGAACAAAGUAUUACUGCGGUGAGUGCCCUGGCUGCCAGACCACAACACCGUGCGGUAACUGUCUCUACUGUGAGGACAUGCCCAAGUUUGGCGGUCCUGGGCGAUAUAGACAAAAGUGUGUAAAGCAGUUAUGUGUCUAUCAUCCUCGUCUUCAAGCACUUAAGCUCUCGAACCGCAGCAAGUUGACGUACGAUGAACAGCACAUCUCCCAUGAGACACUCUCCCAUUUAGGUGCGGCCAUCUCUUGUGCAUCUGAGGAAACAAUUGACUUAGGCUGUGCAGAUAGUAGAGAAAACCUGGAAGAGUUGGAGAGUCUAGAAGGAGCUGAACAUAUUGAUGAAACUGAUGAAAUAACUGAGGGAGAAGAUAGUAACGCCACUAUACAUCUAUGUCGAGCAGCACACGUUGAAAAUUCUAUUGAAGAAGUAGAACCAGUAAAAAUAGAAGCACAGAUAUUCAAAGUUGACAUGGCACCACUCCUUACUGUUGAUGUUACCCCUGAAACAGGCAGUGUCUUGCCUCCUGCCACUGACGUUGUUUCUACUACUACUGCCAGCACGUGUACUGCCAUCACAACAGCCACAAGUGCCAUUCCUACAUCCACUGCCACCCCAGCACCCCCACACACCCCUGAACCAGAACCUGAACCCAAACCUCAACCUGACCCUGAACCCAAACAUGAACCUCAACCUGAACCCAAACAUGAACCUCAACCUGAACUUGAACCUGAACACACACUCAUUCCCACACUUGAUCCUGUUCUUACACAUGUUCCCACUCCCACAGCAUCCCCCACACCACCACCACCAUCCCCCACACCCCCAGCACCAUCCCCUACACCCCCAACACCACCACCACCGCUGAGUCCUGACAUAGCAGACACACAAAAUGCUGAUGAUACUAAUGAUAUAGAAGGUGAAGAAGAUUUGGAUGAUGAAGUGGAUGACGAUGAGGAUGAGGAGGCAAUGUCCGAUGCAUCUGAUGUUCCGUCACCACCCUCUACCCCCUCUCCCCGUCCCCGCUUACGUGGAAGAGGACGUUAUCGCGGUCGAGGUCGUGGCCGUGGAAAAAAUGGUAAAAUAGGAGGUGUUAGUACAAAGAGAACAAAAAAGGUUCUUCGUCGAGGGCGUCGACGUAGGACCCCUCGUUUCAACUUAGAUCCUGAUGAUAAUUCUGAUUAUGAUGAGCAGUACUUGUUGACUGAGCUGGAGGGUGAGACUCCUAGCGAGGAACAUUUGGCUGAAGAUGAUGGAGAUUCUGCAGAUGUGGUUCACCAGGACUCACUAGUGAAAAUGACAAAGGAUUCUGUUGAUUACAAAGAUGAUUCAAAAAUGCUACAAGUUGACAAAGCAAAUACAGCAAGUGAUGAGAAUCAGGGGUAUUCCAAUACCCCAAAAACAGACAAGUUGAUACGUAUAUCACAGAAUAUUGAACCAGAUGUCUUUGAGUUUCAAGAUUCACAAGAAACUGUGAUCGAUAAUAAGAGUGAGACGACAAACUCAGUCAUGAUGAAACAUAAUGGUCCGUACGUGUUUCAGGAUGAGGAGCUGCGUCAGGGAGGAAGAGACGUCAAUGAAAAUGUAGGGACAGUCGGUGAAACUGCUUCCGCAUAGCACUUACUUGUGAAUUCUCUGAAGCACACCCAUAUUCCAGUACAACUUACCAGUGAAUAAACUUGCCAUGUGUGAGUGAUGGUAAAGCUACGUGUACAGUACAUACGUUAUAUAUAUGUUAUAUGUGCAUAGAAAUAAGUCUGUUUACGUUUCUGUUCACUUAUAGCGCUUUAUCUUGAGAAUGUUGAUGUUAUUAUGGCUUUUAAUUCAUUGGUUGUUGGUUUUCAGUUUUCAAUUGCUCAUUAACAGAAUAUUGCAUCAUGUAUUCUGAUUGAAGAUUAGUUCCUCUGAGUUGAAGGGAAGAUGACCGUGUAAUACAAUGAAAGUCAAAAUGGUAAGUUGCCGCACUUCUCUCGAGUCAAGACCCAUUAACUAGUACAUAGUGAAUGCUUCCUUAAGUUACAUUAUUCUGUUGUAAUAUUUCUGAACUAGUCAGGUCAGAGACCUUCAUUGAGUAGGGUAGAAAUUAUUGCAGCAGCCCCAGUGUGCCAUGGAGGAAACUGUGCUGAAGAAAGUGAUAUAGUACAGUAAUUAUGUUGAUAACUUUUGCAGAAAACUGAAGAAAAAAUUUGAGGGGUAAUGUUGAUAUAUGUAGAAGGGGCCACUCUUUAUUCAUACAUUUUUUUUUUCAAUGAUGCCUUGACUCUCGUAUGUGUCCAAAAAACUACAAAAAAUAGUGCCAUUUCUUUUUUUUUUCUUUUUUUCUUUUUUUGCUGCCUAGUUGGACAGAUAUAAUAUAUAAGGUGAACUUUAUAAUUCUGCAAAUAUUCCCUAACUCUUUAUUUUUUUUGGAAAAAGUACAAAGUGAUGUCUACUUGUGUAAGUGAUGAGCCACUAAUGCGAUGCUGACAGCUUUUACAGUCUGGUAGUGAUAGUGCCACCUGGCGCCAAGUGUUAGUGCCACAUGAAGCAGCCAAGUGUUUUUGUUAUUCGUUGAUUUACUGUUCUUGUUUGUUUACAUUAAACAUUAACUCUCUGGAGAGUUUAUGUGAUGAUGAUGAUGAUGAUGAUACAGUGCUACAUGUGUGAUGAUACAGUGCUACAUGUGUGAUGAUACAGUGCUACAUGUGUGAUGAUACAGUGCUAUGUGUGUGAUGAUACAGUGCUACAUGUGUGAUAAGCUAUCAAAUUAACUGUUCACAGACAGAGUUAUGUCACUUGAGAAUCUAAUGAAUAUAUUUUAUGUUUCCUGAAGCAGUGAUGAUGUUAUGCGAGUACUUUGCUUUUAAGUUUGUUAAAUAAAAUUAGCCACUCCACCAAGAGCUUGUGACUGUACAUACACUCACCAGGAUAUUCCUUGCUACCACAGUUUCAGCAUCUGCGUGUUUGCUUAAAGGCAGUAUAAUAUUAUAUAAUAUUACUGUAUUUUGUUAUAAAAGCUACAAAUGCUCCAUGUUUGGUGUUCCUAUAUUGUUCUUAGUUACUAGUAUGUAGAGUUAUAUUGAAAAUAGAGUUUUGCCAUAUAUAGUACCUAGAUAUAUUUACAUAGGAACUUGUGACCAUUAUGAAGGAUUAUAAUAUAAAAGCUACAAUCUUUUGUCUUCAUCUACUUGUAGAAAAUACUGUUUAUGUUACUGUAAUAUGUUGGUUGUUCCUGCACUUUAUUCAAGAUAUUUUUGUUUGAUUUUUUUAAUUUUUGCAAAGACAAAAAUGAAGAAAAUUACCAUAUUGUUGAAGGAAAACUAGAAAUGUUUGUUAGCUGCAAGUCUUAUGUUAACUGCACAACAGUCUAGGCAAGUCAUGGCACGAUGCAUAUUAUUAUCAUGGAGUUACUAGUCGAUAUUUUUGCUCGAAUGUGCUCUAUAGAUGCUUGACAUUCUGUUCUUCACUCUCUUGCAGUUACCACAUUCUAACAGACAUAAGUAUACGAGUCUUCAUUACUGACGGGGUCUUCUGAAGUGUUAUAUUCUGGACAAGAGUUUUUGUUUGAAAGGACAGUUAACUGCUAUAUUUCUUCCAAAACUUUUAUCUGUAAUAUUGAGGCGCCAGUGAGUCAGAAGGCACAGAAAUAAAGCAUAUUCAGUUAUAUAUUAUCAUGUUAAUAUCUCCAUCUGCUUGCAGCAUACCCUAAUGAUGAAUAUAUUUGCUCAUUCAUAUAGAAGGCAGGGGUAAAAUUUUUUUAGUCAUGUGAAAUACCUGUAUGUAAUGGUGUUAUUAGCAGCUGACUGAUGAUUUGUCUAGGUCUGUUACACAACGUGAAAGACUCAUAUCACUGGUGAACAUGGAGUGAGUUAAUAGGGAUAUUUUUUCCGUUCAGUGCUUUAAAGAUGUCUUUGUGAGCAUUCAUCGACCAUGUUCCAUUCUCAAAUACACGGGGCGGGUCAGAUCUCAUGAGAAGUUAAAAGCCUUUAUGUUUUACGAAGGCAUAAUACUGGAUCCCAUUAACUUGUGUGCACAUGCUGUGAUUUCAUCGUAGUUCUUGUUGAUCACAAAUGUUUGCCAAAAUUUAAGACUAAUGCUGAAUUUUAUCUGUGGAAAAGAUAUUAAUGUUGUAAGCACAGUACUGUACUGUACAAGCUGAGCGGACACAAUUUAUUUAAAUGGAAAGUUUGAACAAUGUUAUGUUCAUGACAUAUUUUUGACAUUACAGUAUACUCCCUAUGUAUUACAUAGGGACUUGAUGACACCUGUUUCAUUUUCUUUGAGAGAAUUUUCACAUUUUCUUUCGUUUUCUACUGCCAUGCUGCUGUUUGUGUUGCACUGGUUGUAGUAGUUGCUAUCUGCCAAUGUGUUUCAUAUACUGUACCAGUUCCUCGACUGAGGUUGCUAAAGUCCUCCGUUCUAGAGCACCAGAUGGUGUGCCUAUUCUCUUGCACAUAUCAUGCCCUUGGUGGCAUAUACAGGGUAUUUAAUUCCUCUUGUAAUUUAAAUAAAUCAGAAGUUGUCAUAGAUCAUUUAUAUAUACAGGUACUCUUGAAAUACAAAUUAUUUUUAUUGUGCUUGGUCAGAGUAUUCAUAAAAGUAGUCUAAAUGAUAUUAUACAUGAAUAGAAAUAAAUUUUUAAAAGUUCAAUAGUGACUAUAAGUGCAGAAUUGUACUGCUUAUUUAUGAUUUAAUAAAGUGAUAAAAUGUAGACAAAUAAUGUUAUUAGCUCUUCUUACCAAGCAUAUUUGAUCAUUAUUGUAUCCAGUUCAAUAGUACGAAACAAAACUAAAUGGCUUAAAAAUAUCCAGUUAAGAAUUAUCCGUUUUGCUGUAGGAAACAAAACCAUUUUUUUUUUACAUUCAAUAAUAAAACCAGGGUACUUCAAUGUGCAUUUAUGUUGAGAAAAAAUCGUAGUGUGUGUGCUAAACUAAAUCUUCAAUAAUGUGAGGUAUUAUGGUAACAUUAGGGUUGAUAGUCAGACAACUGUUGGUUGAAAUGUUCAGUUAAACCACUGUAUGGAUUGGUUGUUUUACACCCAAUCAUGUCAUGAAACAGUAACUAAAAGUUAGCGGACCUGCCAGGGACCUAGGAAGCACCCUGGACCUGCACAGGGACCUACAGUAGGUGGCACCCUGUACCUGCACAGGGACCUAGGUGGCACCCUGGACCUGCACAGGGACCUACAGUAGGUGGCACCCUGUACCUGCACAGGGACCUAGGUGGCACCUUGGACCCAUUAAGGAGCUAGGUGGCACCCUUGUACCCAUGGCCUUGAUAUACUAAACAGCCAUAACUCAUCUGUUGUGGAUCAUCAUCUUGACAACCCUGAACAAAUUAAAGACUUUCACCUUAACAUAAACAUUGCUACACAACUCUAGCUUUCUCUUGUCCUCCUUAUUUUAUCUAGUAUGAAUUUAGCCAAGAGCUUUACUUUUUUUAUUAUACUUUCCUCUUGGUUAAUAUGUUAAUACAAGUCCCUCAGAGUCAUUUACAGAAGGAUUAUUGAUGAUAUUGUUAUUCUAAUAUAAUGAACUUCUGUCAACUGAUGAUAGUUUCAGUUUGUUCUCCACAUAAUCUCUGGAUAUGAGUACCAGCCAUACAAGUAAUGUUGAGUGAUUUAAUGUGUAUAGACACCCCACAUGAACUUGAAAUGUUGUGAAAAUUUUGGGAUGACUUUUGACAAGAUAAGGUUCUGUCCCUGCCUCCGAGCUGUGAGACUCCAAGCCUUUCUGUACCACACACAACGUUGCCAAACUUGCCGCACAGUGUUCAGUGUAAGUCUCAAUAAAGCAUAUGCAAAUAC